UACCCUGACCAACUGUGUGCGCAGUUGUUGGCAGAUUCUCCAAAGAGACGCCAGUAGCUUUAGCCGUGAGACAUUGAAUGACUUUGUUGAACCCCUGUUUGACAGAGUACAUUAACUUUCCUAUUUGACAGGUCGGGACUAGUAUCGAAGCUCAUGGAGGCCCUCAUACCUGUCGUAAACAAACUGCAGGAUGUAUUUAACACGGUCGGCACGGACAUAAUUCAACUGCCGCAGAUAGUUGUUGUGGGAACUCAGAGCAGUGGGAAGAGUUCAGUUUUAGAGAGCCUGGUUGGCAGGGACGUCCUGCCACGUGGCACUGGCAUCGUCACACGCCGGCCCCUCAUCCUACAGCUAGUGCACAUCGAUCCAGAGGACCGCAGAAAGUCCAGUGAAGAGAAUGCCACAGAAUCCAAGAAAAAUGGACGCCUUUACAGAGGAAUUGACGGAGAGGAAUGGGGCAAAUUUCUACACACCAAAAACAAGAUCUACACAGAUUUUGAGGAGAUCAGGCAAGAAAUUGAAGCAGAAACACAAAGAAUUUCUGGCAAUAACAAGGGUAUUAGUAAUGAACCCAUUCACCUGAGAAUCUUCUCACCACACGUUGUGAACCUUACAUUGGUGGACCUUCCUGGCAUUACAAAGGUACCGGUGGGUGACCAACCCAAAGACAUAGAGCUGCAGAUCAGAGAAUUGAUCUUCAAGUACAUCUUCAACCCCAACUCCAUCAUCCUGGCUGUGACUGCUGCCAAUACAGACAUGGCAACCUCCGAGGCCCUGAAAGUAGCUCGCGAGGUUGACCCUGAUGGCAGGAGGACGCUAGCAGUGGUGACCAAGCUGGAUCUGAUGGAUGCUGGCACGGAUGCCAUGGAUGUGUUGAUGGGCAGGGUCAUUCCUGUCAAACUGGGUUUAAUUGGAGUCGUUAAUAGGAGUCAGUUGGAUAUUAAUCAGAAGAAGUUGGUGGCAGAUGCCAUCCGUGAUGAAUACGCCUUCCUACAAAAGAAAUACCCCUCCCUUGCAAACAGAAAUGGAACCAAAUAUCUGGCCAGAACGUUGAACAGGUUACUCAUGCACCACAUCAGAGACUGUCUUCCUGAUCUGAAGACGAGGAUCAAUGUGCUGGCAUCGCAGUACCAGUCAUUACUCAACAGUUAUGGUGAACCUGUGGAGGACAAGAGUUCCACGUUGUUGCAGCUCAUCACCAAGUUUGCUGCAGAGUACUGCCACACCAUAGAGGGCACAGCUAAAUACAUUGAGACAACUGAACUAUGUGGUGGAGCGAGAAUCUGUUACAUAUUUCAUGAAACAUUUGGUCGCACAUUGGAGUCAGUAGAUCCUCUGGGUGGUCUGACAACCAUCGAUGUGCUGACAGCAAUCAGAAAUGCAACGGGCCCGAGGCCUGCUUUAUUUGUGCCCGAGGUUUCCUUUGAGUUGUUGGUGAAGCGACAGGUCAAGCGCCUGGAGGAUCCCAGUCUGCGCUGCGUAGAGCUGGUUCACGAGGAGAUGCAGAGGAUUAUCCAGCACUGCAGCAACUACAGCACACAGGAGUUGCUGAGGUUUCCAAAGCUCCAUGAUGCCAUAGUAGAAGUGGUCACCUCGUUACUCAGAAAGAGGCUCCCAGUCACCAAUGAAAUGGUUCACAACCUGGUUGCCAUUGAGUUGGCCUAUAUCAACACAAAGCACCCUGAUUUUGCCGAUGCCUGUGGCCUCAUGAACAAUAACAUAGAGGAGCAGAGACGCAACAGAAUGAGAGACCUGCCUUCUGCUGUCCCCAGAGACAAGGCAGCUGCCAGUGGCGCUCAGAGCGGUGCUGCCAGCGAGCAGACAGACGGCGGGACGGGGAACUGGAGGGGCAUGUUGAAGAAGGGAGAGGAUGGACCAGCUACUGACAGAGCCAUGCUCCAGGCCCCACUCCAUGCAAACCCACAUAAGGGCUAUGCUGUCAACCUGCUAGAUGUGCCUGUUCCAGUGUCCAGGAAGUUGUCUUCUCGGGAGCAGAGGGACUGCGAGGUCAUUGAGAGACUCAUCAAGUCAUACUUCCUUAUUGUACGGAAGAACAUCCAGGACAGUGUGCCGAAGGCUGUGAUGCACUUCCUGGUGAACCAUGUGAAGGACUGCCUGCAGAGUGAGCUGGUGGGUCAGUUAUACAAGACGGGCCUGCUGGAUGACCUGCUCACAGAGUCCGAGGACAUGGCUCAGAGACGCAACGAGGCCGCUGACAUGCUCAAGGCGUUGCAGAAAGCCAGCCAGGUGAUUGCAGAAAUCCGAGAAACCCACCUGUGGUGAGGGCAGUCUCUCUUUAUCCCCCAUGAGCCAUCCAGAACCUUCUGCUGUGUCUGCCAGCACCUCAGACGGAGAGACGAACAACCUAAAAAAUGCACUGUUGUGGAUAUGUGUAUAAAAAAAUAGUAACAUAGUUUUAAUGUAAAGUAAGGACUUGGAUUAAAUGAAGAGCAGUACAUAUCAGCUCCUCAUCAUCAGCAUCACUCAUACUCUUGACCUAGUUAUUAUAUUUUUCUUAUGUAUUUGAAACCAUAAAUAAAUAAAUGUUAUGCAUCACCACUAUGUGGAGCAUUGAGAAGGAAUGUGUGCUCUUAAUGCUGCAACAUGUAGUUGCUCCCUUUAUCAUGUCAAUUAUUUUAUUAGAUGUUGAUAAAAUAAUGUGUUCAAUAAACGUACUUAAAUUAGAUUUUUUUUUUUUUGGCAAAAAGGCCCCACAAUUUCGUUUGUUUUGUGUUAACAGUUUUGUUUUUAUGCAGACAUGGAACUAGUCUUCAUCACACCCAUAUUUGCUCCUUUGUUUACAUGUUUCAACAAGGCUGCUUAAAGUGUUAAAAAGUGGGUAACAAUGUGUUAUGGGACUGUAUAUUUGACUUAAUUAUACAGAAACAGACAAUCUGCAUAGUUUUCAGAGUGGAUGUAAUGAUUUAUUUAUUGUUUUGAUAUGAUAAUGACAUGUAACCCAACACAACAGAACAAUGGUGAAAUGGCCACAUAUAAUAGACCCGUCGUGGUCUGCUUCGUCCUGGUCUGGCUGCUCCUCUACCUCAGCCGGCCACCCAUCUUGCCCUUGCCACGUCCUUUGGCACUGAAAGGAUGCAGAGAAACAUGAAUGCCAAAUGCCACGCACUGGUUUUAGGACAAGUGGAGGUCAUUUAAUUGCAGCACACAAACAAUAAAU